AUGAAGAACCUCCGCAACCCGUGGUGGGAGAUGCUCAUCGUGAAACUGAUGGGUCGUCGAAUAUCCUUGUCAACUCUGACUAGAAGACUGGAGGCAAUGUGGAGCAGACAAGGUAGCAUAGAAAAGCCCGACUUUAAUUCGGAGAAGGCGGAGAUAGAUAAGAUUGCAGCGUGGGUGAGACUUCUCGGUUUAGCAAUCGAGUAUUAUGAGGAACAGAUGCUUAGACGAAUCGGGAACAUCAUCGGCAGAACUCUUAGAGUAAACACCUACACGGUAGAGAAAUGCAGAGGCAAAUUUGCGCGACUUUGUGUCGAGUUGGACCUCAAUGAACUACUUGUAGCUCAAUAUGCCAUCAAUGAAGUCCGUUACUUAGUGGAGUACGAAGGAAUUCAUAACAUAUGCUUUGCAUGCAGGAUGGUCAGACAUAAGAAGCAAAGAUGCCCAAAAAAAAUUCAAAAUAAGCCUCUUGGAAGCACUGAACAGCAACAUGCAAGGAUGAAUCAAGAAGGUGAAAGGAUGGAAAACCAACAAAGCAGGGAAGAAGACAGGGGUAAGAAGGGAAAGGGCAAAGAAGUCCAGGAGGAACAAAGAGAAGCCUUUGGACUAUGGAUAAUUGUCCAAAAAACUACACGCGGCAGGAAAACGGUAAAAGAAGGUGCAGGUACAGUUAGUGGAGUGGAUGAAGAGACAAGCGAAAAUGGGAAGAAAGUGGUUAGUGGUAUGAAGUUCGCUAUUCUGAAUGAUGAGGAGGCUACGAAUGCCAUGAUGGUGCAAUGGGACCACAGGAGCAAAAUAUGGAAAGAAUUUCUAUAG